AUGGCGUGCCAGAGCUUGUCCGCAUGGCCUUUGCUUAACCUGCAAGAGUUCCAUCAUGCUUGUCAGGCCCUCUUGCUUCAAUCCCAAAGUACCGGAGCUUGGUCCGUUCGACUUGUCACACAUAAUGGUACAAGCCUCAGAAUCACACAGUGCAUGGAUGUGGUGCUUCCAGAUGAGCCCACCGACCUCCAAGAACUAGUGGAAGAUGAUCCGGAAGCUCUCAUUCGCAUUGAUCGCAAUCCAACAUUACACAUAGAUUAUGAUAUUGUACUCUCCCCAACAUAUCAAGUCCCGAUCUUGUACUUUGCUCUUCGUUGGAUCAACUAUGAUGCCCCUAUCGGGCUGGAUGCGGUCUAUCGGUAUGUGGUCCCCGCUCACUAUCAAUCCGAAUUGAAGAAUGUUGGAGUCAUGGGUGGAAUCAGUAUGGGCUAUCAUCCGAUAUCUGGCACUCCGGCCUUUUUCAUACAUCCAUGCAACACAGCAGAAGCUAUGGCUCAAAUUGCAGGACAGAACGUCACUCCUGGGCUAUAUCUUCUCCUCUGGCUCGGUCUCGUGGGGCAUUGUGUUAACCUGCACGUUCCACGCGAGAUGAUUACUGAUAGUACCGGUACAUCUGGAGACACCUUGCUAAGAACCGACCAGAGGAAAGACACUGAAACAUCGCAAGUUCAAGAAGCACAUACUAUUUUAAGUAGGCCUGGCCCUCAUCGAUCAGCUUGA